CAUGGGCUCGUGCUUGCUGCUUUAAAAAGAAGGGGGAAUUAUGAAUUCGGCAAGAUAGGAAGAAGAGCGGAAGCAAAAAUGGCAGAAGGAGCUAAGGAAGUAGAAGAAGCCAAAGAAACCAAUGAAGGGAAAGAAGCCAAAGAAAAAAAGCCAGAGAAACAAGAAGCAGCAGGAAGAAGCAGAUGUAUAAGAAGCAGAAAAAGUAGAAGGAGCGGUAGAAGCAGAACAGAAAUGAAUAUAUCAGGGUGGCCUCCAAAGUCUGGGUCAAUGAUCAAUAUCGGAUUAAUUGAUGUCACUGCCGCAGCAGCUGCAGCAUAUAUUUUAUUUUGUUAA